AUGGCUGAAACUGUUUUAGGAUUGAAUAGAAAAGCAUUCUAUGUGUUAGGGCUAUUUAGUGUUCUGUUACUGACUCAGAGGGGUAAUGCUUAUGAAUUCAAGGUGGGAGGUCCAAAAGGCAGUUGGGCAGUUCCUGGUGAUCCUAAUGCAGCUAGCUUCAAUAAGUGGGCAGAGAUGAACAGGUUUCAGACUGGGGACACCCUAUUGUUUGUUUAUCCUGCUGACCAAGACUCUGUGCUACACGUAACGAAGGAUGACUACACAAAUUGCAACACGGCAGCACCCCUCGAAAAAUUCUCUGAUGGCCACACCGUGUUUAAGUUUAAUCAAUCAGGGCCAUGUUACUUCAUAAGUGGAGUUGCAGAUAACUCGCCUGCCAGUGAAGAGUCCCAUUCUCCACCUCCCUCAGCGGAAGUGCCCCCAUCUCCAGCGCCUGCAGGUGAAGAGUCUCCUUCUCCACCUCCCUCUGGGGACGAAAACCCAGCUUCAGCACCUUCUCAGGAAUCUCAUCCUCCUCCUCCAAAUGGUGCUACUGCAAUUUGCUCAACUGCUAUUGGCUUCAUUGGAGUUUUUGUGGGUUCAUCCCUCCUAGUUUUUUGA